AUGUCGAUGAGGAGUUGCUAUUCUUCUUCUCCUUUCCUCCGUGGGAUCUCUAGAGCGGCGUGGAGGCACGCGGUGGCCGGCACUCCGAGUCUGAGCGGCAGCCACAAUCUGUGCCACUUGCCCCUCCGGCCUCGCGUGCCGCCCAUCGCCCUCGGCCUUGCUGGACGCUUCUUCUCUUCCUCCUCAUCCAAAUCCAAGCGCUCCACCAAGAAAUCUGCCGCAAAGAAGGACACGCCGACGGGCUCUGCCGGCGGCGGCCAGUUCUAUGUCGUCCGCAAGGGGGAUGUCAUCGGCAUCUACAAGGACCUCGCCGACUGCCAAGCUCAAGUCAGCAAUUCGGUCUGCGAUCCUUCAGCGACCGUGUACAAAGGCUGCUCUCUGCGUAAAGAAACCGAGGAGUAUCUCGCAAAGCGUGGGCUAAAGAAUGCUCUGUAUUCGAUCAACGCAGCAGAUGCAAGAGAUGAGUUGUUUGAUGCUCUGGCUCCCUGCCCUUUCCAGCAGCCUGAUGGAAUUGCAUCCUCUGCUUUGGAAACCGGACCAUCAAAGAAGCAUCCCAAAGUCGCUGAACAGGAGCCGUUACCUGAUAGUCAUCUGUCCUGCAUUCUCGAGUUUGAUGGUGCUUGCAAAGGAAACCCUGGGAAAUCAGGUGCCGGCGUGAUAAUCAGGCGACCGGACGGAUCCGUGAUCGCUCACCUACGCGAGGGUUUGGGUAUUGCAACAUGUAAUGCCGCUGAAUAUCACGCAUUGCUCCUGGGGUUGAGGUAUGCUGCUAACAAGGGAUUCAAGUACGUUCGUGCUCAAGGCGAUUCUAAGCUUGUCUGUAACCAGGUCCAGGAUCUCUGGCGUGUUAGGAAUGAUAAUAUGGCUGACUUGUGCAAGAAAGCUAAGGAGCUCAAGGGAAAGUUUCUUCAGUUUCAGAUCAACCAUGCUUUGAGGAAAUUUAAUGCAGAUGCUGAUGCCCAAGCUAACUUUGCUGUUGAACUUCCUGUUGGUGAAGUUCAAGAGCAGACAAACUUCCCAUGCUAG